ACCGGGAGAGCCUGAGCAGCGCCGAAGACUUGCGCAUUAGCUGGGGGUGUGCAAACGUAUCAAUGGAGCACAAGCAGUCGGUCUGACGCAUGCGCGGUGGGGACGAGCCUAGUCUUGCAGGUCGACUCUGUGCGGCGCGUGUGAUGGAGGCACGGGACAUGCGAUGCUUCGGCAUGGAGCGUGCCGCACACUCGCUGCGACAGCUCGAUCUCGAUGAUACAGGCAGCGACGCAGUGGCGCCCGCUCGCGACGCUUCUGUGUGCUCGACUGACAAGACGCUCAUGCAGCGGAGCAGACGCGCGUGCUAGCUGCCUCGACGCUCAUCAAUGGGCAUCGCUAUCCUCUCUGGCCCGCCGCCAGUGCCAGCCUUCCGCCGCCGAGCUUGUCGGCCGCACAGCGUGCUCUGGGUGCCUCAUUCGGCAAGCCGCGCGUGCGUGCGCCGGCGACCGUCAUCGUCGCAGAUGCGCAGCAGAAGCUGAAGGGCAGAGAGAUUCGCCAAGAUGUCGUGACGGAUUGCAGUGUCGUUGCUGCGCUCGAGGCCGCGGCGGAGCACGAUGCACGCUGGGGAACAUCGCCUACUCGGCGCUCUUCCCGCAAGACGCAAGCGGCACGCCGCUCACGCCUGAAGACGGACAGCACCGCGUGCGAAUGUACAUCAACGGCGCCGCGCGCGGCAUCAGCAUCGAUGAUGCCCUGCCUCUGUAUCCCACCGGACUGCCGAUGUGCGCCCGAGCGGUGUCAGAGCGCGGCUUGCAGCUCUGGCCCUCCUUGCUCGAGAAGGCCUACCUGCGUCUCCAGGCAUCGGGCUACGACUUCCGCGGCUCCAACAGCGCUGCAGAUCUGUACGCGCUCUCCGGCUGGCUGCCGGAGCACAUCGGGCUCUCGCACGCCGGAUUCCAGCGCGAAAAGACGUGGGCGCGCGUCUGGAACGCCUGGCAGCGAGGCGAGGUCAUCAUCACUGCCGGCACCGGCAAGGAGUCGCGCGGCGACGGAGUGCAGCCUCUCGUCCGGAGCCACGACUACGCGGUUCUGGAGAUGAAGGAGGAGCGAGGGGAACGGUCGCUGGUGCUUCUCAACCCCUGGAGCCGGAGAGGUGCGGCAAGGCGCGAGGAAAUGGACGCGGCUACGUCCGAUACUGCCGACGCUGCUGCUUCGCAAAACGGCGACACCUCGGUGCAAGCCGACAUGCAAGCCUCACUGGCACGACUGGCGCUCGACUCUUCAUUCGAGGAGCCAGCGCUGGAGCUCGAGUCAGAGCCGGAGCUCAUCGAGCUCUCGUGGACGGAAGCGUGCAACCGGCUCGAUGCGCUCUAUCUCAACUGGCAGCCCUCGCUCUUCUCGCACAGCCUCGCAGCGCACAUUCGCCUGAGAGCGGCGCACUCGACGCGCGCUGAGAACGGCACGCCUGCGUCUGCGAACGACGUGCAGAGGAGCGUCGGACAGAACCCGCAGUACUGCCUCACUGUCGAGGGCCGUGAAGACGGAGACCACGAAGAGGUGUGGGUGCACCUCGCGCGUCAUCUCGACGCACAGCCAAAACGAGACGACGAAGAGACAGAGUACGUCGCGCUGCACGUGUACGAGAAUGCGGGUGAGCGGCGUGUGUACGAGGGGCGCGUGGAUGGCAAGCAGGGCACGUACACAGACAGCGCACACCAUCUUCUGCGCCUGCGGGCCGGGCGGCAGAAGCGCAACUACACGCUUGUCGUCUCGCGCCACGGCCCUGCCUGCGACGCUGCCUUCACCCUCACCGCGCACGGCCAUGCGCCGCUGCAGCUGCACGAGCUGCCGCGGGCGUAUCCGCACGAGACGAGAGUCGAAGGCGCGUGGAGAGGCCGCAGCGCCGGAGGCAACUCGACGCACGCGACAUUCGUGCACAAUCCGCAAUACCGCCUCGUCGUGCCCGCAUCAGCUGCCACAAGCGGCGCGCGGUCGACUGCCACCUCGCUGCUGCUGCUACUCGAGGCACCUCGCGACGUGGCAGUGUGCGUGCUGCUGGUGCACGGCAAUGGCGCACGCUGUGCCUCAGUGCAGGCCAACGAGGUGCUGGCAUCCAGCGGUGCCUUCCGCUAUGGCCUAGCGGUGCUCGAAGCGACGUUGCCAGCGCAUGGCGGCGCUUACACCGUCGUGGUGUGCACGUAUGCGCCGGCACAGCAGGGCGCCUUCGUCCUCACACUCCAAGCUUCGACCCCAAGCGCCCGCAUCGAGACUCUACCCGUAGAAGGCGCGGGCAUGUACUCGCGCGUGCUGCGCGGCGCAUGGCGGAGGAGCGAGGACACGGCUGCGGGUGCGCCCGGACACGGCAGCUACGGCGCCAACCCGCGCUUCCGCCUCACCGUCUCGGCCCCCAUGGCCCGCUUUGCGCUGCGUCUCUCGCUGCCGGAGCUCGAGGGCGCAAACGCGGCACGCCCGGCGCUCAACGUCGCCAUCUUUGCGAGCACGUCCGCGAACCGGGCGCUCGGUCGCGAGAUCAUCUCGUCGGGCCCGUACGCCGAGGGCGUGUGCGGCGUGUCGAUCGCCGAGGCACGGCUGGAACGCGGCAGCUACGACGUCGUGUGCAGCACGUGGGAGCGCGACGUGGAGGGCACCUUUGUGCUGGAUGUCUACUCUGACCGAGCAGUCGACUGCAAGCGCGUGCAAUAGAUACCCCUGCUGCUCAUUGAGCAUCUCUUCUGCAGAUGUGCCAUUGCGCCUCAUGGCUUGACAAACGCAUGUUCUCUGUAAUGCCGCAGCUCUGCGCAAGGCGUCAGCGCAGAAGUGAGAGCGGGCGAGGAGCUAGACACACCCUCGAUUGAGCCGCGAAUGUCCUCCAAUGCCCGAUGCGCGCCCUUGCCGCCCUGCCACCGCUUCGCUGGAGCGGGAUACCAGCGCGUCACGAGCUCCUUGAUCGUCGAGACCUGCUGCAGCGUCAGGCACAAGCAUGUCGCAAGCCUGGCAGCGCAACUCACGUCGACGAUGCGGUAGUGCAGAUGAUCGAUCAACUGCACCUGUUGUCAGCACGUCCGCUCACUCUCCGUCGCCCGCGCCACU